CUAAAAAGGUUUUUAGUUUUUGGGUUAUUUUGUAAAUUUAUCCGGUCUAUAGGGGGUGAGAUCUGGAACCGAGGGCAGGGGAGAGCGAAGGUGGAACAAUUGCGGCGUCUGAGUUGAGCCACGCCGUCAUAUUCAAUAUGUGUUUGCAAUUUCUUCUGAACCUCAACUCCAUUUCUUCUCCUUCACCCAGAUUCCUACUUCUUCAGUAGAACCGCCAUUUCCGCGCAUGGUGUAGCUUCUCUACUCAAUGACCCUCUGCUUCUGCGUUAGAGCUUCAAAAGCCAUAGCUACCACCGCUGCAACAUACCCCUUCUCUUUCAAGGUACGCCUUCUCCUUCCCUUCUCUUCAUUCCUCCAUUCCUGCACUUCAAACAACGCCAUACCAGCCCUAUCGGAAAACCAUUAUAGAGACCUUAUCUUUGAUACGAUUGAACAAAAGCCUUGGGCCUUUUGCGACAAUAAUUGGGUCUCCGAUCAAUUUGGUGCUGUGAUCAUCGACCCUCAUUUGUUUAUUCGAGUCCUUGAUUCCAUUCGAAUCAGGCCUAGAGUUGCCUUGCGUUUCUUCCGAUGGGUCAUGGCUCAACCCGAUUUUAAGGGGUCAGAAUUUGUGUUUUGUGCUAUUCUUGAUAUUCUUGCUCAGAAUAGUUUGAUGCGUCCUGCGUAUUGGGUGAUGGAGAGGGUGGUUAGCAUUGAAAUGCACGGAGUUGUCGAUGUUUUAAUUGCUGGGAAUAUGUGUUUAAAGGCUUUAAUUAAGCUUCUUGAUAUUCUAUUGUUGAUAUACACGAAGAAAUCAAUGGUUGAUGAGUGCUUGUUGGUCUUUUAUAAAAUGAUUCGGAAAGGUUUACUGCCUGAUGUCAAGAACUGUAAUAGGAUUCUCAGGGUUUUAAGAGAUGAGAAUCUCGUGAGUAAAGCUAAAACUGUGUAUAGGAUGAUGGAACAGUUUGGGAUUAAGCCAACUAUUGUCACGUAUAACACUAUGCUGGAUUCCUAUUGCAAGGAGGGGAAAGUACAUCAAGCUUUAGAGCUUCUAUCAGAGAUGCAAAAGAGAGGGUGUUUCCCAAAUGAUGUAACAUACAAUGUGUUGGUUAAUGGGUUGUCGAAGGAAGGAGAGCUUGAACAAGCAAAGGAACUCAUUGAGAAAAUGUUGAGUUCUGGGCUCAAUGUUUCAGCGUACACAUAUAAUCCUUUGAUCUAUGGUUUCUGCAAGAAAGGAUUGUUUGUUGAAGCAUUUGAUCUUGUGGAAGAAAUGACGAAUAGAAGAGCUUUCCCUACUUUAUCAACUUAUAAUACUCUGAUGUACGGCCUUUGCAAGUGGGGGCAAGUGACUGAUGCUAGACUGCAGUUUUCCGAUAUGUUGAGAAGCAAUUUUACGCCUGACAUAGUUUCGUUCAAUAUCCUACUGUAUGGUUACUGUAGGACUGGGUAUAUAAGUGAGGCAUUUCUAUUGUUUGAUGAAUUGAAAUGCAGAGAUCUUGUUCCGACUGUGGUAACAUAUAAUAUACUUAUAUAUGGUCUUUGCAGGUUGGGUUACUUGGAUGUUGCUUUGCAGUUGAAAAAGGAAAUGACUGAUCUAGGGUUAUUCCCUGACAUCUUUACAUAUACUAUAAUAGUUAAUGGUUCUUACAAGUUGGGGAAUUUAUCAAUGGCUAGAGGGUUCUUUAAUGAGAUGUUGUGCAAAGGGUUGAAGCCUGAUCGUUUUGCUUACCUUACUCGAAUAGCAGGAGAAAUGAAGAUCGGUGAUACAUCUUUAGCGUUUAGCAUGCGAGAAGAAAUGUUAGCAGAGGGUUUUCCUCCAGAUUUUGUCACAUACAAUGUUUUUGUGCAUGGACUUUGCCAACAGGGAAAUUUUGAAGAAGCGUGUGAUCUGUUAGAGAACAUGGUUUAUGAUGGUCUUGUUCCGGAUCAUGUCACUUAUACUAGUAUCAUUAAUGGUUUCAUGAAAAGAGGGCACUUGAGGAAGGCUAGAGAGGUUUUCAAUGAAAUGCUCAGCAAGGGUGUAGCCCCUUCUGUAGUAACAUAUACAGUUCUCAUUCGUGCACAUGCAGCUGUGGGAAUGCUGGAUCUAGCAUUUAUGUACUUCUCGAAAAUGCUGGAGAAGGGUGUUCCAGCAAACGUGAUUACAUACAAUGCUAUAAUUAAUGGUCUUUGCAAGGUGAGGAGAAUGGAGGAUGCUUAUAAAUAUUUUUAUGAGAUGGAAGAAAAAGGAAUUCUUCCAAAUAAGUUCAGUUAUACCCUAUUAAUAAAUGAGAAUUGCAAUAUGGGUUACUGGGAAGAAGCUCUAAGAUUGUACGGAGAAAUGCUAGAUAGAGGAAUUCAGCCUGAUUCUUUUACACAUAGUGUGCUUCUUAAGAGUCUACAUACGGAUUAUAAAGUCCAUGCUCUACAGUGUGUAGAGAGUCUGACUCAAAAUGUUGAAGAUAAUGUUAAUGCCAGGUGAUGAUAAAGGAAAUGGUGGAUUCCAGGAUACUCAAGUUAGAGACUGAUGUAUCUAGUGUAUAUUUAUCCAAUCAAGUGAUGGUUAGCCUCUCAGAAUUUUAUUGAAGCAAUUAACCUCAAAUAAUUCAUUAAGAUAUAAAUGCUAAUCGGUGGUUUGGAAGCUUUAUGGAUUGAGGAUGCAUUUCAUAAUUCCAUUGUUGGUCCAUUACUUUCUGCAACAGAGUUGAAGCUGAAAUCAGUUUCUGUUGGACAAAGACGUUGAUCGUCACACAAGAUUGGUUUAUAUAGUGAUCAUCACUGUAUCAGCAUUCUUGCGUACGCCAUCUGUGGUAGCAUAAGGUUAGAAAGUUGUCCUAGCCAUAAUCAUAACUGCAAUAAAAUCGCUUUUGGAUCUUUACUCUUUCACAUCACCCUGACACACUAAAUUUGUUGUGGCAAUUGCUUUAGAUGCCAGAACCAAACACUCCAAAGCCACCAAAGAAUCAGCCCUGUAUUCAGUUCCGCCUGCAAUGGCGUAACUGCCUAUGUUGGAAAAUUGGAAGUUGGAAAGAAGGCUUGCCGCUUUUUUUUAGAUUUGAAAGACGUUGGGCUGGAGAAUACUGUAGUUUUCUUUUGGUUUAAAUACUACUUUGAUUCCUAAACUUUCGAUUUUGGUUCAUUUUGGUCCAUGCUUAUACUUUUGUUAUUUUUUCUUUUUUUUUUAAAAAAAAAUGUCUCUAUACUUUCAAAAUGUCUAUUUUUGUCCAUGUAGUUUUAAGAAAUCAUCAUUUUGGUCCCUAAAUUUUCAUUUUUAGUCCAUUUUUAUAUCAAAAUUUUAGCUCUCACUUCGUUCACUAAAUUUCUUUAAAAUGUAGCGAUACAUUUGUAUUAAAGGUAAAAGUUUGCAAAUAGGGAUCAAAUGGACACUUUGAAAGUAAGACUAUUAUAAAUAAAAGUUGAAAGUACGUUAGCCAAAAUGAACCAAAGCCAAAGUAGCAGGGCUAAUGUAAUAUUUAAACCUUUCCUUUUCCUUGCAAAUAGUUUUAGAGAUUUGAAGGAAGAGAAGAGAGGAAAGAAAAGGAGGGGAGGAGAAGCACCACAAAGAAUCGUAUGAAAGAUUAACAAAAAAAAAGGAAACUAAGAUGCAACAUAAGAAAAUAUGAAAUAAGUUAGCCAUAUCCCUCUUCUGUGCCACUAACGAAAAGUUGAUUUCAAGGCCAUUUUAAUAAUCUCAUGAGUUUAAUUAUUAUCUCUUCAAAUUUGAACAGAACCACUCUUUCAAGAAAAGAUCUGUAGUGUUGUUUUCUUAUGAAUUCCAAUUUUCCUUCUGCUAAAAGAUGGAUCCCUCCCACCAUUUUGGCAUAUUGAAUGUAGUUUGAGUUGCCAAUAAUGUAGAGAAUCGGGCGUGAAAUCUUUCUUGGCAGACGCAGUGUUAUAGCAAUUGAUUUCUUUUUCAUUGUCAUGGCUCGUGGCUGCCUGAAGUGUUUUUUUGUAAAUGCUUUGUAAUUAUUCAGUGAACAACUAGGAGGGUGAAACAAUUAGAAACGUUGGCAAUAUUUGAUGAGAUCUAUAUCUUUGUUGUCUGUUGACAGGAAAUAUUAAUGUAUUAUUAUAUUUCUCAUCUAUUUGACUUUGUGUUAUCCAAGUCUGCUCUUCCUUUCAAUCUAGUUGCCCCUCACAAUUCAGUGGAAGAUUUUUGUAUGCUUGUUUUUUUUUUUCCCUUUUUUUUAAUAUCAAUUCAAGAAACAGAACUUAUUUGUAUGCCAUUAUUGUCAUUCUUUUGGCCACU